UUUUAUUGGGGUAACUAUGCGCUAUAAAAGCUGUAUUGGAAGCUGUAGUUAGCAGCAGUCACUUGUUAGCACUCGGUAAAACAACAGUUCUAACACACAAACAACAACAGGAGAUCCAAGAUGUUCAAAAUCAUCGCAUUGGUUGCCUGUUUGGCCGUUAUUGCCUCCGCCCAGUAUUAUGGAGGAGAUUACGGACACCACGAGGAUCACCAUCACUCGCACCCGAAAUACAAGUUCGAAUAUGGCGUUAAGGAUGGACACACCCACGAUCACAAGAGCGCCUGGGAACAUCGUGAUGGAGACCACGUGAAGGGACAAUAUACUCUGGAUGAGGCUGAUGGCACACAUCGUAUUGUUGACUACAGCUCCGACCACAAGGGAGGAUUCCAGCUACAUGUUCUGCGCAAAGGACAUGCUCAUCAUCCUCAUCAUGGCGAAAGUUAUGCCAAUAUUGAACAACAUUAUUGAGACAUGAACAUCUUUGGGAGAGCGGAAUGAUUGUGAAUAAAUAGCAAAAUGUGAUAAACUGAA